CGAAGGGCUCACGGCACCAUGACGGUGGGAGCCAGGCUCCGAAGCAAGGCGGCGAGCAGCCUCCCGCGCCGCGGGCCCCUGGGGCGGGCGCGGGCCGCGGGGGACGAGGACGCGGACGCGAUCCUGGAGCACCUGGAGUGCGAGGACGAGGCGGCGGCGUGCGGGGCGCGCGGGGCGCGCGGGCGGCGCGCGGGGGCGCGGAGGGUGCACCUGGCCGCGCUGCCCGAGCGCUACGAGCCACUGGAGGAGCCCGCGCCCGAACCCGCGCCCGGAGACAAGCCCAAGAAGCGGUACCGGAGGAAGCUGAAGAAGUACGGCAAGAAUGUUGGGAAGGUCAUCACCAAAGGCUGUCGCUACAUCGUCAUUGGCCUGCAAGGAUUUGCUGCUGCCUACUCUGCCCCAUUUGGAGUUGCCACCAGCGUGGUGUCCUUUGUGCGCUAACUGGCACCACAAGAGCACCUGGGGACAGUGCAAAUCCAGGAGCAGUUCAGAAUUGGACUCGAAGAAUACUUGGAAGAGGAAAAAAUGCAUUUCUUUGUUGACUGGAUGAGUGUUAGGGAUGAGCCAUCCCCAUCCAUCUCUGAGCUUCUCACAUCUCUUGGACAUGGCAGAUCCAGCAGUCAAUCCUGUAGGGAAUUAGGCUGAGGUUAGGUUUGGGGUUAGGGUUAGAGCCUUCCUAUGAAGGAUGGAGGCAGACACCUGGCAGGUCUGAGCA